GAUACUUCCUUCUCGUGCCCGGUUUUCUGACGCUUUGCAUUUCAAAGUAGCAGAUUCACGACUCAUCGAAUACUAUUGCCUCUGCAUGGAAACAACUGAUGUUAUUCUAGUGCAUAGUGCUGAACCAAGACACCUUCCAAACGGAGUUCUGCGCAACGCUUUUCCAAAGCGCAAUCCUCAAGGCUUCCACAAUGGAAACACCAUCACUAUCUGCUGUGAGAACAGAUUAAGGAUGGUGCGCAGUCCUCCACCAUAGACAUGGGCUGUGGCACCUCCGUCUCCACAGAAGACCAGGGGAAGAAACUGGACAGAGAUGAGUCUACCAAGGGCAGCUGUCCAGCACUCACGAUGAAAGCGGCCAUCCUGAUCCAGCGCUGGUACCGCCGCUACAUCGCCCGCCUGGAGAUGAGGCGUCGCUACACCUGGAACAUCUUCCAGUCCAUCGAGUACGCGGGGGAGCAGGAGCAGCUGCAGCUCUCCAGUUUCUUCAGUUUUAUGCUGGACAACUUCACUCCGCUGAACGGGAGCAGUCCAUUAUGUGUGAUAGCCCACCUGGACCUUGCAGGUGACCCCAUGACCGAAGAUGGGGGAGUGGCCAGGUAUGAGCUGAUCAAUGUGGAGCAAUCGUACUGCGGCCCCCACCUGUCUUUCCCUCUCAGCGUAAACCACACCAACGCUCUCCUCAGCGCCUACAAGGACCAGCAGACUCUCCACGCCCGAUACGUCUUACAGUUGCUGCACGAAACAAUGAAAUUCCUUGAACAGAUGCCAAAUAUCAUUCACCUGUCCACAUCAUACUACAAGGAGAUCACAAUCUGCGGUGAUCUGCAUGGAAGCCUUGAUGAUCUCCUACUCAUUUUCUACAAGAACGGGCUUCCGUCAGCCAACAACCCGUACGUGUUCAACGGAGACUUUGUGGACAGAGGGAAGAAAUCUGUGGAGAUCAUCAUCAUCCUCUUCGCCUUCAUGCUUCUCUACCCAGACCACAUGCACCUGAACCGGGGGAACCAUGAGGACCACAUCAUGAACCUCAGAUAUGGAUUUACGAAAGAAGUUAUGCAGAAAUACAAGACCCACGGCAGGGAUAUUUUGCAGUUGCUGCAAGAUGUCUUCAGCCUGUUGCCUGUGGCGACGGUGAUUGACAGCAAGGUCCUCAUUGUACAUGGUGGCAUAUCCGAUAUGACUGACCUCAACUUCCUGGACUCCAUAGAAAGACACAAGGUGAAGUCGGCCCUGAGGCUGCCCAGGCGGACCAUCGACAGCGUCAUGGUGACCAGGUGCAGCAGUCAGGGGAAGGGUGCGGUGCGCAGCAGGAGGAGAGGCCCGGCGAGGAGGAGCCGCCUGAGGAACCACAGCGGCCGCUCCUCCUCCUCCUCUUCAUCGUCCUCGUCUUCCUCCUCCUCCUCCUCCUCGCUGUGCUCCCCUCGCGUCUCCUCCCGGAGCCGGCCCCGCCCGAGCCUCGCCUCCAGCGUGCUGAGCCCCACCCACUCCUCCUACGUGCCCUGCCUGGACUCCAUGGCCUCCAUCGCCAUAGAAACGCAGCCCACCGAGGAGGAGGAGUGGAAACAGGUGGUGGACCUGCUGUGGAGCGACCCGAAGAUCCAGGACGGCUGCACGCCCAACACGUUCCGCGGCGGGGGCUGCUACUUCGGGCCGGACGUGACGCGCGCGCUGCUGCAGAGGCACGGGCUCCGCCUGCUGAUCCGCUCACACCAGUGCAAGCAGGAGGGCUACGAGCUGUGCCACGACGGCCAGGUCAUCACCAUAUUCUCCGCCUCCAACUACUACGAGGUGGGCAGCAACCGCGGGGCCUACGUCAAGCUGGGCCCGGACCUCGCGCCCCGCUUCUUCCAGUACCAAGUCAGCCGCUGCACCCGGAAGCUCACUCUCCACCAGAGGGUAAGUGCAGCAGAGGACUCAGCCCUGAAGGCCCUGCAGGAGAAGCUGUUUGCCCAUCGCUCCGAGCUCGUGGCCACCUUUCAGCAGUACGACAAACACAGCACAGGGGCCAUCUCCCCCAGUGACUGGGCCCAGGCUGUGGAGUCCGUGCUGAGGCUGGACCUUCCCUGGAGGACCCUCCGGCCCCGGCUGGCUCGCCUGUCCCAGGACGGCGAUGUGGAGUACCUGUCCUGCUUCGACAACAUCUACCCGAGCAAGACGGCCCCCCAGGUCACCCCAAACCUUGCAGAAACGUUGUACCGGUAUCGCACUGACCUCGAGACCAUUUUCAACAUCAUUGACAAAGACCAUUCAGGGCUCAUCUCCAUCGAGGAGUUCCGUCACACCUGGAAGCUCUUCAGCACACACCUGAGAGUGGCGGCGGAGGACAGCGUCAUCGACGACCUGGCCCGCAGCAUCGACUUCAACAAGGACGGCAGCAUCGACUUCAACGAGUUCCUGGAGGCCUUCAGGGUGGUGCAUCGGCUGGGAGCGACCGAGGAGAAGGACUGAGUCACUCCAAUCCCCCUCUCAUAAAGACCGAGUCGCUCCAAUCCCCCUCUCAUAAAGACUGAGUCGCUCCA